AAGAUGAAUGCCUUCCUGCUGCUGGGCUGCUUUGUCCUAUCUGCAACAAAGUACUUCCUCACAUCUGCCCACAUGAUUCCCAACGACAGACUCUCCACCAAUAGGGUCAUGGAAUAUCACACUCUGUCUGAAAGCUUUGAGAUAGGCCCACCUCCUGUUGUUAUCGUGGAGUUGCCGAAAUCAGCGAAGAACAAGAAAACAAAGAAACAAAAAAAGACCAAAUUCAGUGUAAAGAAGCACCCUCCUCCUCCUGCUAACUGCAUUCCCUUGAGGGGAAACUGUAAAUCUCCAAGCCAUGUGUGCUGUGAUUUCUGUGCUUUCUGCCAGUGUCGGCUCUUGAGAACAGUGUGUUACUGUCGAAUGGGCAACCCUCGCUGCUAAAGACCAGCUGCAGCCCGGCCCGGCUCCAAGCUGAAGGAACAAAACUUCAUGCUAAAGCAAACCACUUUAAGUGAACACCUUGCGAGGUGAAUCACUUCUAGUCCUUGGUUUGUAAGUUUUCCUAAAACUCUCUGCAUGCAAGCACUUUAUCACAAAGGACUGCCUGACUUUUCUAAAAUCUAAAAACAGGGUACACUACUUAUAGGAAUGGUCACUCAGAAAUAAAACUUUUCAUUUUUAGCUUGUUGCAUGCAUUAAUUAGAUAUGUUACAUCAAAAUAUUUCACAUUGCUUUAUUUUUACACAAACACAUUAAUGCACAGUGUCAAAAACUUACGAAACCUUCAAAAUAUGAUGUACAUGUGCAAUAGUUCAUAUAACAGUGCUUUUGUUGUCUAGAAGAAUGCUUUUAAUGCCUAGAACAAAGUCAUGUGAAUUCACUUAUUUAAAGGACAAGGUGUCAAAAAAAAUCCCAGGAAACACCAAAACCAACCAUAUGUUAGUCCGUCUUGCAAUACUUUACGAUUUUCUCAACUUGUCUGUGGGACUCCAGUCUAAGCUUAUUGGUUCCUAACACAUCUUUAGGAAAAUAGCUCAAGUUGUAUAGGAGGAAAUACUUUAUUUAUUUGUUUGCGACUAUUUUCAAGGAACAGUAUAUCCGGAUUUGGAAACAUGUAAUUCUAUCUUGCCUGAAAGAAAAGAUCUGACUUUUUACCUUACUUUUUAGUGUUCCUUCAUUUAUUUACUUCUUUAAUCAGUGCUUUAACAUCUUGGCAUCUGUGUUAUGUUACUGAGUAAAACAAAUUCAGCCCAGGAGUCACAACUCCUUUAGUUUGAAAUCACUGCCCGACUGUUGGGCAGAUGACAAAAAUAUUUCCUAUGACCUUCAGGCGCUGAUUUCCUGUAAGUAAUUGUUACAUUAUGAUAAACAAAUGCAUUGUCACAUUCCCUUUGGCGAUCAAUAAUGAAGAACAAGUAAAAUUGGAUUGAACUGUGGUCCUUUAAUGAAUGCUUAUGUGUGAGAGUCUGACCUUGAAGGGUAGCAGUAAAUGGAAAAAAGUCUCACCUCCUUCAAUAACCACCAAGUAAGCAACCUUAACCCGCUGCUCAACCUCUAAAGGCUAAUACAUGCUCAACGUUAGAUAUGUAUGUACGUGUACAGACAGUCUUCUGUCCAUACUCUGCAUACAUUUUGUCCUUAUUUUAGCAUGUUUUCUGAAAGCUUAGGAACACAGAAAAUAUAAACAGUACCACUGGAAAUGUUGGGGGCAUUGUAGCCAGUAAUUUAAGCAAGGCACAAUCAUAGGACACGUGAAAGACUUUUUAAGCGGACCUUUAUUAAGGAGAGGCUAGACGAGUUGGUCAGAAAAUUUCCGGCAUAGGGAAAAAAGUUCCUACAGCACAGCUGGGAAGAUAUUGAUCAGGAAUUAAAUGGGAGUUGGACGGUAGCAAAGGAAAAGAUCUGUGUGAGAUGCAAAUGAUGCAUUGCUUAACAGCCAUGCCAACGCAAAGGACGCAUGGAUCUACGUGGGCAGUCACGGUAACAUCGUUUGAACUAGACGUAUCUAUCUUCAUACGUUAAGAGAGCAUAAUAAGCCUUACAGGGGAGCUAUCCUGCUUUUCCCUGAAAGCAACGUUAAACUGUGGGGCGUUCAUUUUAAACGUUGCCAGGGCUUCAAAUAAUUAUAUAAACAUAUAUGAAAAAAAAUAUCCAUGUGAGCAAAAACCUCCAAUUUCAGACAAUGCUGAAAAGUCUGCUUCAAACUGUUUUAUCUACUCUCCAUUUAACGUGAUGUCAAUAUGUGCCAGAUUUCUUUAGACAGGCAUCUGCACCAGGCAAGUUACUGCAGUGUUCAUAUUACAUAUAGCACUACAUGUAGCUACAUGCUAAUGUCAGGCGCUGUAAUCUUUGUUGCUUGUUAAUUGAUCCCCAAUUUUGGAUCACAUUCCUACUAGAAUGUUUGAUUGUGUAGCUUUUGGUUGAGAAGUUUUUAUUGUUGAUGUUUUACAGUAGAAAGUGACGCUUUAUACUCCGUUACAGUCUCUACAAUGACGGACAGUACAGAGACGCCGAGAGCACAGCAUGCAAAAGACCCGGAACUGGUGACCAAUCAGAGCAGAGCUUUUAUUUUUUUUAUUCUUUAUUUUUUAUUUUUUUUACAACAGAUCUUCUCAGACAGAGACAUCAGCCAUGGAGCAGGUGCAGAACCCAUUAGCACUAUAGGAAAAUUAAGUGUUUUUUGAAAUUGAAGCAUGAUAUCAUGUUCUACUAGAAAUACAAAAUACAAGUAGGAGCCUGAAAAGAAGCCCAAUGUUAACAGUGAAAGCUGUUAAACCCUCUGCCAAAUAAAUGUGAAGAGUUCAAAUGCUGGCUUUGCUUUGCCUGGUUUGCUGCAGCUGUUUUGUUAUCCCUCUUAUUAUAAUUUUUGUGGGAUUGUAUGUAAUUUGGUCCAUAAAUCGGUUAUUUUUUGUUCUUCCAAGAACUGGAAACAUUCAUUAGCUAAAGUAACUGCCAGAGACGUAAUGUUUCUGGAAUGCAAAAUGGUGUUUAGCCAAUAUUUUCUGUGCGCAGAGGAUUGUUUUCCAAUCAGUUGUAUGUGAUGUUUGAUUCUGUCGAUGCAU